GUGCGGCAAAACAUCGACCAGUUUGGCGGCGAUAAGGAUAAGAUCACAAUAUUUGGUGAGAGCGCCGGCAGUAUGUCUGUGUCGGCGCUGGUGUUGUCCCCACUCGCCAACGGUCUAUUCAAACGGGCGAUCCUCGAGUCGGGCGCUGCGCUCAACGCUCGCACGAGUGGACACACAAAGGCGGCCGCUUUGGCCGACGCCAAACAGAUGGCCAAACACUUUCAGUGUCCCGAUGAUAACGCUUGGUUAGACUGUGUGCGCAAAGUGGCCCCCGCGGACAUUCAUGGCUACACCGCGCUUAGAGUGGGCCCAAUCGUGGGCACAGAAUAUAUGCCAUUGUCCGCCCAGGAGGCGUUCGAGCAGGGCAAAUUUAACUCAGACGUGGACCUGAUGGCCGGUGUUGUGCGCAAUGAGGGCUCACUAAUAGCUCCGCCACUGGUCGGCAAUAUUACCGAAGAUCGCUUCGCGGAGGCCAUCAAAGGUCUUAUUGGAGACACGGAUCUAAAUAAAGUGCUCGCCUUUUACCUGAAGGGUGUGGCGCCGGACGACUACUCGGCCUAUCGGUGGGCCUAUUAUGACCUGUUCGGUGAUAUUGGCCUCAAGUGCGGCACAUAUUUGUUUGCCAAACACUUUGCCAUUAAGUCAAACUCGACGGCUAAUAACGUGUACUUCUGGGAGCAGACCUAUCAGAGUGGCGGCCAUUUGCAAGGCUGUGACGAGAAGACAAUGGGCAUCUGCCACGGAUCCGAUCUCGAGUUCGUGUUCUUCAGGACCGGCGCUAACCCUGAGCUCGACAUACCUUUCAGUAAAGAGUGGAUCACUUUAUGGACUAAUUUCGCCAAAACU